GGGUGCAAUGCUCAGCUAGUAGUAGAGGAGCGACAGGCCUCCGUAGGCGUGAUCAGAGACGUACGCGGGUUCGGUCCAUCGCUUCAGUCCUUAGCACCUCCUAGGGCAUGACUGCCAAGUCCGGAGGAACAUUAUUUAUUAUCAGUGAGUCAUGAUCAUUCAUUCAAUCUAGAAUGGUGAGGAACGAUCGAAUGUUGUCGACAGUGGUGGUUGUCUUCCUAUUUGUCACCAUGCUGCCAGGUUCAAAACAAGGUCCACAUGAAAAACUACUGCUCACCAAUUUGCUUGCAAACUACAACGUUUUGGAAAGACCCGUUGCCAAUGAGUCGGAACCGUUGGAAGUGAAAUUCGGCCUAACUCUUCAACAAAUCAUUGACGUGGACGAAAAGAAUCAGAUUCUCACGACAAACGCUUGGUUAAAUUUGGAAUGGAAUGACUACAAUCUACGAUGGAACGAAUCUGACUAUGGAGGAGUUAAGGACUUGCGGAUCACCCCAAACAAGCUAUGGAAACCUGACGUUCUCAUGUAUAACAGUGCUGAUGAGGGUUUCGACGGGACUUACCAAACUAAUGUUGUGGUCAAACAUAACGGCAGCUGCUUGUAUGUCCCACCCGGUAUCUUCAAGAGCACAUGCAAGAUAGACAUUACGUGGUUCCCAUUUGAUGAUCAACAUUGUGACAUGAAGUUUGGUAGCUGGACAUAUGAUGGCAACCAGCUCGAUCUGGUUCUUAAUUCUGAAGACGGAGGAGACCUUUCUGAUUUCAUCACAAACGGAGAAUGGUAUUUAAUCGGUAUGCCAGGGAAAAAGAACACAAUAGUAUAUCAGUGCUGCCCGGAACCCUACGUUGACGUGACCUUCACAAUCCAAAUACGACGUCGGACUCUGUACUACUUCUUCAACUUAAUAGUACCUUGUGUGCUGAUUUCAUCCAUGGCUCUUUUGGGUUUCACGCUUCCACCAGAUUCCGGAGAAAAACUAACCUUAGGUGUCACCAUACUUCUUUCAUUGACAGUAUUUCUGAACCUAGUAGCUGAAAAGAUACCAACCACAUCUGAUGCUGUUCCGUUAAUAGGAGUGACCAUCUUACUAUCGUUGACUGUGUUCCUGAACCUCGUGGCUGAAACCUUGCCCCAAGUAUCUGAUGCCAUUCCCUUGUUAGGAACAUAUUUCAACUGUAUCAUGUUUAUGGUCGCAUCCUCUGUGGUUCUCACAGUUGUGGUGCUAAAUUAUCAUCAUCGUACCGCUGACAUACAUGGAAUGCCUCAAUGGAUAAAAUCGGUAUUCCUCCAAUGGCUUCCGUGGAUUUUGGGUAUGAGUCGACCUGGCAAGAAGUUAACCCGUAAGACAAUCCUGAUGAACAGUAGAAUGAAAGAAUUGGAAUUGAAGGAACGUUCUUCGAAAAGUCUUUUGGCGAACGUGCUAGACAUCGAUGAUGAUUUUAGAAAUGUAACUGGUGCUACCAGCGGCAGUGGUAACAAUUCUACUUUAACAACAAAUCUGGGUCCGGGGUUUAUACGGCAUCCUACUACAAUAGAAGAUGCGAAUAUAUCCGGCAGCGGUAGUUUUCAACGAGAUCUCCAGCAUAUUCUUCGAGAAUUGCAAUUCAUUACGAAUAGAAUGAAAAAGGCAGAUGAAGAAGCUGAAGUUAUAAGUGACUGGAAGUUUGCAGCUAUGGUGGUAGACAGAUUUUGCCUCAUAAUAUUUACAAUGUUCACGAUAAUCGCUACAGUAGCCGUACUACUGUCGGCUCCUCACAUCAUUGUUCAGUAGGAUUAGGUGAAGCAAUAGGCGAGAAACUAAGAAAUAUGCCUAAGUGAUAUGGUUUUGAAGAAGCAUCAACAUCAAUAUCAAGUGCGCAAAUGAUGUGAUGGUGAUGCUGUAGUGGUAAAGGCAUAAUUUCAAUAAACAAAUUUUAAAAAUAUCAAGAUAUGGAAAAGAAAGUUUAAAAAUAAAUAUUUUAAAUAAAAUAUAUCGAACAACGCGGGCGCCAGCGUCGAUAGUAGUAGAAGAAAUUUUGAACGUUCACUGUGAUAAAACAGCAAAUCGUGUCGUCAGUUCGGCACAUAAAGCAAUUGUGCAAUGUGCCUCUUCUGUGGAACAUUCACGAGCUGUUUACCAACUAAAAGGCAGGCACCUAUGUGCACGUUUUGCUAAUCGCUGCACCGUACACCGUACUGCUGUGGGGCCGUAAGACACUUCCAACUGUGUCAAACUGUUCGUACUUCUAUUGAAAAUUGUUUGUUUAAGUUUUGUCGUUUCGUUUUCGACGACAAUGAACGGAGUUUGGGCACACUCUCGUGUUCCAUUAUCCAUUCGCUAUAAUAAUACUAAUAAUUCAGUACUAAAACGGUACUUGUUAUCCAGUACUGACGUGCAAGUAGUUAGUUAGUAUAGUAUCAUUAGUUCGAGGUACACACGUGUCUGCCUUUUGUUCGCCCAUUGAUGAUAAUAUAAAAAGGUGUCCAUAACACACAUUAAAUCUAUUGUGAUGAACUUCGCAAAUUAAUAAGUAAAAAUAAAUAUAUGAUAAGUUAUAUAUAUAGAAUAAAUAGUAUAUAAAUAACCUUGACGUGGGUAAAAGUCGUGCGUUUAUAUAUUCGGAGAUGGGACCGGCGGCCGAUAUCGGAUAAGAUUUCCGACGAACCAAGAUUUUGUACUCGUUCGUCGAAUCUAUUUUGUCUCCGUAUCGAUAUCGUAGAACGCCUCUUUUCACUCCGCCGUUUUUUGGACGUCAUGUGCUCCACUUUUAACUUGGCGAGUCUCAAAAUGUCAACCAAAUUUCAUCCAUUCAAAAGGCGGUAUUCAUUUUUCAAAUAAAUCAUGUACGUUUUAUACAUUACAACGUACCUCAUUUAUUUUUGGUACACUCUAACUCGAAAAAAUGAAGCACAAAAAGGGCAAAAUCUAGGAGUUUCAGAGUGGUAAGAGACGAAUCAAGAAGCAUAAAAGUCCAUUCGAUUCGGGAGAACCUCAGGAAACUUUGUAGGCAAAAAUUAUGAAUAAUAAAUGAAUUGCAUUUAAUCAAGGGAAAAAGAGGGAGAGAGAUUCGUUGGAUAGAAUUUGGUGUAAUAAGGAAAAUUUUAAAAUGAGGAGGGUUUGUUGGAGUGAGCCCUGAUAUAGGAAUCGCUCCUCUGCAGGGCCGGGGUUGUGUUUGCUAACUUUUCUGAAGGAGGAAAAGCGAAGAUUUAGAGAGCUUGCAAGUAAAAACUGUUCUUCUCGGUUUGGUUUUUUUUAUUUUUUGAAAAAGUUUUGUUUAUUUUAAAGUAAAAAGGGGAGGACGGGUACAGGUGCGGCUGCGUUAUUUCCUAUCGUCGGCCAUGUGGCUGGAGAACCGGUUCACCAGGUUGCCGCCAGGAAACCGCAGAAAACCUGCAACACCGACGAAAGGGUAAAAUUCAUGCAUCUCGAAUUAAUUUGAAAAAUAUUACCGGAAAUGAGAUCAAUUGUAUUAAUCGGAGGUUUUCGAGGUCGAUGCACACGAAUAUCUCGACGGGACUGACCUGCGAGGUACCUAGUGCCCGGGGUGGAUGGUUCAUUGUGACAUUGGUCAAAUAUACAUUCUGAGGGUUGUGGAGAUCACUGAAUACGAAUAUUACGACGAAAAAGUGUACGCAGUUUCCAUUAUUAAAGAUUGCAAGUAUAACUCUGAGUAACUAGUUCAUUAUCAUUGUUCAUUAUAAAAAUUUAUUUAUUUUUCACAAAAAAAAUAAUAUGUUGUUAAUUUUUUCUGCUUGUUUCUGUUUCGUCGUUUGCAGUUCUCAAUAUAUGUACAAUUAAUGGCUGCACAAUUUGUGCAAUUGACUCUGCAAAAUAUCAUAUUCAUGAUGCUCGGUGGGCCAAACAAUUAUAUCUUUUUUAUGGGACUAAAUGCUGUUCUCUCAGUUCUUAUCUUCAAAUAGUGGGAUUCAUGCCGUAUGGAUUCCCAGAUACCCAUAAAGCCACAUUUGCAAUUUGCAAAUAAACUCUUUUCAAGCUUAUUAAAACGAUAUCUUGCAGGUCAUCAUCGUGAUAUUCGUGUACAGCGACCUUCAAAACCUCUAGGAUAUAUAUAUAUAUAUAUAUAUAUAUAUAUAUAUAUAUAUACUAGGCUAAUUUCCAUGGGGCCUCAGAAAAUGACGUCAUCAGAAAACCUCGUCAUGAUGUUCAUGUUCCGCGACUUCGACAACCACCAUAAUUUUUAUAUAUUCGGCCAAUUUCAUGACGAAUUCCCAUGGGACUGCAAUACAAAACACCAGAUAUCUCGUAGACCUUUUCUGUCGUGAAGUUCGUGUUCAGCGACCUGGUAAAUAUCUAACUAGUAAAAUUGAACUGAUUUGCAGCAAUAUUCACCGAGUUCUAUUUUUUUUUUUUAAUUUUAACCCUUCAAUAUACACUUUUCAAAAUGAAGUUUUCGUAGAAACAAAGUCAAUUUUCAUUUAUUUUUCACGAUUUUUUUUCCUGAGAUUCUCCCGAUUCGAAUGUACUUUGUUACAUCUUGAACUGUCUUACUGAUCUGAAAUUCCCAGGUUUUGUGCUCAAUUUUGUCGACUACUUAGAUAAUUAAGCUUCUACAAACAUUGAAAAUGCUAUUAUUUCAAAAUCUCCGCAUACCAAGAAGCGUUAACCAUACUAGGAAUAUUGUGGAAUUACGUACUAUUUUUAUAUUAUCUCUUCCCGAAGAAACCGUGAGAUAUAGUCUAGAUUUCAACAUUAGUAGAUUAUGUUAUACGUUAUCUACAAGUUCUUUCAUAAUUUUCAUUCUCAAAUUUAUCAGUCUGUAACGUUAAGUAGCCUCUCGCCAAGUACAUGACGUCCUAUCACUUUUAUAUCAUGUAUUUAUACUGAUUUAUAUUAAAAAAAAAAUAAAACUUCGAACUUUUCAUUACCAAGAGAACUUACAAGUAUGAUAGAAACGAAAAAAUCUAAACCUGCAAUUAUAACAAUAAUGUUAUUUAAUUAAAUAUGUAUUAAUUAACGAUAGAGUUUAAUACGAUUUUAAUAAAAAAAACAUAUUCUUUGGGCAUUUUUUCUAAUAGAGAUUGUAGGAUAGCUUUUUUAAAUUGUAUCCAACUCACAAUCUAAUUGAAUAUUCGUAAAUUCAACCAACAAAUGAAUUCAAUGAAUUUUAUAUUAGAAUAAAUGAAUUUAAAAAAAAAACAUAAUAAUAAAAAUUUUAAUAUGAUAUACAGUGGAACUCAUAUUUCUACAAAAAGUAGCGAAGAAAAUAAAAAUUUGGGUAUAUAAGGGGUAAUCAUCCAAUCUUAUUACAAAUAAUCUUAAAGACAUUGGGCUUGUUUUAAAAAAUAUUCACCAGUACCUCAGCUGGUGGUCAUAAAUUGACGUCACACUAUGACUUGUUCCGACCAACGCCAGACCCGUAUUGGGUUAAUGCAAGUUAACGAAUCUAGACGUACCACUCCCCGAUAAAGUUGUACGUUCCCUCUCAAAACACUUCUAUACUCGAUUUACUGAGUAUAGAAAUCCUUUUGAUUCUGAGUAUAAAAUAGCUGCGACAUUCGCCUAUCCAUCCGCCCAUCCAAGUCAACUUUCAAUUCCUAUAUUUGUUGGAUUCAGGGGCCGUAUCAAUGAUACGGGACUUCCGGGCUACAGAGGCCCCUAACGUGUGUAAACAAAAAUUAGUGAAAUGUUAUCCCCAAUGUCACUUAAACUCGUGUUUCCCGGGAAAAAACUGUCUUACGUGCCUAUAGAGUUUUCACUUCAGAAAUGACAAAAGUCAAAAAAGCAAUCUCUUUUUAAGCACUGCUAAUCCAAGUAUGUUACUCUUGUAAAUACUUUUAACACGCUAAGCCUCCUCAAUGUUAAAUGCCGUACACAAACUAUAGAUUUUUCUUAGGGCUUGUCACAUUUUUUCUUUACUUUUUGAAAUCAUUAAUCCUGUUUCUGAAGCUUUACAGCAUGAAAAUAAUGACUUACAGAAAGCUAUUAUUUUAUUAAGUAAUCUUUUGAAUAGACUUAGCGAAAUAAGAAAUCAAAAUCCAUUCAAUGGUUUGUUAAAUGAGUCCAGAGAUUUAGCAAAAGAGUGGAAAGUAACAACUGUUUUUAAAAAUAAAAGACGAAAGAUAACGAAGCGUUUUUUUAAUGAGUUAUCACAAGAUGAGAGAAUUUCAGACCCGGAAUUAUAUCUCAAAGUCAAUGUAUACUAUUGAUGUUUAGAUAUAUUAAUUUCUCAAACUAAACAAAGAUUUGAGAGCCUUUGUGACUUGAGUAAUAUAUUCGAAGUAUUACAACCGGAGAAACUCCUAUCUUCUCAAACUCAAACGAAAUAUUAAAAAAUGCUUCCGGAAAACUGUCGGCUAAAUACAGUAAAGACAUCUCAGUUAAUCUUAAUGAACAAUUAAUAGCUCUGAAAAAAUGGGAAAAUCUGAAAUUCAAAAAAUUUAUUCCAUCAAGGAACUAAUGGAAUUAGUUUUCCAGAGGUAGUAACCGCAUACAUUCUAUUCUUGACACUUAAUAAAUACAAGUACUAAAAAAUUACCUAAGGACUUCGAUGAGGCAGCUAUAGAUGAUUUAAUAAAUCAAUUUGCCGAAAAAAGGCAAGAAAAGUGUACAUUUAAUUUGAAUUGUUUGGCUAGCUCAAUUUCUUAAUAACUUAUAAUCAAUACAUAUUUAUAUACAUAAAACCACCUUGGAACUUGACAAAUUAAAGAAUGACAAUAUUUUCUGGUUCGAAGAAGUACUUAUUAUCUCAGGUAAUGUGUCCACCUCUGGUAAAAAUAUUUUUUUAUGAUGAAAGUGGUGAAAUGUUUAUUCGGUUUGUGCAUGGUCAACAUUGUUUAGUGGAAUGGUUUCAGCCCUGGAAAAAAAUGAGUCCAGUGCUACAGCUGUUGAACUUACACUCAUUACAAAUGCUAAAGGAGGAAAAGGAGAAAAUGUCCACUUAGAGCAUUUCACAGAAGAGACAAUGUACAAGGUUUGGUUAUUAAAUAACUUUAUUUUUAAUAAGACAAAUAUAAUUUCAACGGUCAUAUAAUAUGCCAUUAGAUAAUUUAGCGUGCAAUAUUCAAGUUAAAUAAACAUGUAUAAGCAAAGCAUAGUUUUUAAAUAGCUUUUUUAUGGUCCAUAUAACUCGUUUUCUUUUUCGAGAGGUUGUUAAGUUAUCCUAGAUAGACAGACAGAGUAGACUACAAUUGUUACGGUAGCGUUACAGACAGGCCAUGAAGUUUUGAAAUUUCAGCGUUACGUAAUUUAUGAACAGUCCCAUAUUUUUUCAUACUUGAUGCUUUCUUAUCCUUGUUCUGCCUUUAAUUCUAGUUUAUCAGGUGAUUCAGUUGAAAUUCGACACCGACCAACUUUUGUUUGUACAUUGUGAAUACAGUGAAUUUAUAAGUAAAUCCAAGAGUUACAAAUAUACAUUUACAGUUACACGAUUUAUUUAUUUAGGAAAUACGUAAGGGAGAUUUGAUACCCGGAUCAUAUCAUCCUUUAACAGAUAUCUACUCUCCCAAGACCAAAUCAAAUGUUUAAAAGGAAAUUACAACCGAAACAUAACCUAAAAACACAGCGUAAAUGAAGAAGUUUAAUAAAACUGAAAAUUCCGCAACCAAUGUUACCAACGGAACAAAAUAUAAGAGCGGUAAAUUCAAUUUGGGAUCUUGUGUCCCUGGCAAUCAAGUAUCCCCGCUUUUCCUCAGAUCAUUAUAAUAAAUUCCUAUAUAAAAAAUAUAAAAUAUAAUAAAUGACUAUUCGAUAUAUGCAUUGUCAUAAAAAAUCCGUUUUAAUGGGUAAAAUUUCAUAGAAAGUUUCUUAUUAAACAAAAUUUUUGGUAAAUCGAUUUAAUUCUGUUUCAAAAUGUUAUCAUAGUAAUCAUUAUAUUGGAAAUAAAAUUUAUUAAUUACAAUUUUUGAUUUACUUGACAAUAAAUUGUGAGAAUUUAACUAUGUAAGAAUAUAAAUAAAAGUAUGUGAUGUAUACUGUACAAUUUAGAAAAGCAACCCUCUAUUAUAAUAAGCUAUGAGUUAAAUAUAUACUAUUAUGUUCGCCAAAAUUUUUGUUCAGCUAUUUCAUAAAUGAUAAUGUUAGCUAAAGUUGAAGCUUUUUCUAAUGAGUUCAGUAUAUCUUGAAUAAGAGGGACAAUCGAAUGAAGCGACCAACUAGUCUAGACUCCCUUGUCCAACAUAGUAUAAUAUAUUGCAGAUUGCAGAGAUGUGUACCCGAUAUUAGAAAAAUACCUAAUGUUAUUCUGUACCUUGGCUUCAUUCUUUUAAAAUAAAGUUAUAUGCUCAACUAACUUGCGUUUCUUUCACCAAAAUGUUGAAGAAAUAAAUAUCAUUUUGUUGUUCAGAAACAUCUAUAUCAUACCUACAUAUAUGCUAUUAUGGUGUUAUAUUGACAAAUGACUGCAAAUGUCAUGUUUUAUAUAUUUGUAUAUCACUUAAGUUACAAUCGUUAACAUAUGAAAAAGAUAUAUUUAUGUGUCAUAUCAUUCAGAGUUUCAAAAUGUAGAAUGUAUGAUUGCAAAUAAACAGUUUUUCCAUGUAACAAA